UUUCAACCCAUUUAUACCUUCGUUCACUUCCGAGUUUCUAACAUUUCUCUGUGUUUCUACAAACUAUUACUUCCUAACUUCUAUCCAUCAUCUAUCCUGUAAUUACUAGAUACCUCCUUCGUUUGCUUCGGCAACACAAUUAAAAGAUAAAGAUAGAAGAAAAAGAAACAAACCUGAAGGCGUCCGCGCCAACAGGCCAACCAAAUCCAUUUUCUCAUCAUGAUUGUCCCUCUAUCAGCGCUGGCUCUUGCAGCCACAGCGCUCACUUCUACCGGCCUCGUUCAAGCACUCUCUGCCUCUGAUAUACCCUCCGAUACCCCAAUCUCGAAUCUUCUCUCCUCGGCGCAGUCACAUUUAACCAAAGGCGAAACUAGCGAGGCUCUUAUGUACUACGACGCUGCUGUCGCCCGUGACCCCAAUGACUACCUUACCUACUUCAAACGCGCCACUACCAACCUCUCGCUCGGUCGCACGUCGCAGGCCACCUCGGACUUCAACAAGGUCUUACAACUGAAGCCGGAUUUCGAAGGCGCGCAUUUGCAGCUGGGGAAGUUAAAGGCCAGGAGUGCCGAUUGGGAUGGAGCCAAGCAACACUACAUUUUAGCCAAGCAUAAGCAAGGCUCCCCCGAAUUCGAGAAGCUUGUUGAGGCGCAGGGCGCCGCGAAGCUGGCCGAGGAAGCUGCAAAAAAGGGAAAUUGGGACGACUGCAUAAGCCAGGCCAGCGAGGCCAUCCUCGUCGCAAACCGCGCUCCUAACCUUCGAGAGCUACGCGUCAAAUGUCGAUUCGAGAAGGGAGAAGUUGAAGGGGCGCUGGGCGACUUACAACACAUUCUACAGAUGAAACCGGGCGAUACCACCCCCCAUUUACAGAUAUCGGCUACUACGUUUUACGCUCUAGGGGAUUUGGAACAGGGAAUGGGACAGGCCAAGAAGUGUCUGCACUCCGACCCCGAGUCUAAACCCUGCAAGAAGUUAUUAAAACAAGAGAAGAGCAUCGAUAAGACGAUAAUUAAAGUCAACAAGGCCUUGGAGAGAAAUCAGCCCAUGUCGGGUGUUAAGCUGUUAAUACCAUCCGGCGACGAACCGGGUCUGAUCAACGAGAUAGAAGAGCAGAUUAAGGAGUACAAGAAAGCUGGUAUCAUCCCGGAGCGGUCACCCAAUGUGUUACUGGCCAGAUUAGUUGAGACUGCUUGUCAGGCUUACUACGAGGCAAAUGGCAAGAAGGCUAGCAUAUAUUGUCCGAAAGCUCUAGAACUAGACGAAAAUUCCCUCUACGGUCUCUUGUACAAGGCCAAAACACAAUUAGACGCCGAGGAAUUCGAAAGUUGUGUAGCGACUCUGAAGAAAGCAGCAGAAAUAAGACCAGACAAGAACAAUGUCAUAAACCCCCUGAUGCAGAAGGCCCAGGUCGCUCUCAAGCGCAGCAAGACGAAAGAUUACUACAAGGUUCUCGGCGUGUCUCACGACGCGGACGAGCGACAGAUCAAGUCGGCCUACCGGAAACUUACCAAGAUUCACCACCCCGACAAGGCGGCGAAGCAGGGCCUGAGCAAGGAGGAGGCGGAGAAGAAGAUGGCUGCUAUCAACGAGGCGUACGAGGUGCUCAGCAACCCCGAGCUGCGCGAACGGUUCGACCGCGGCGAUGACCCUAAUUCCCACGAGCAGCAGCAGGGCAACCCAUUCCAACAAGGACACCCGUUCAUGUUUCAGCAGGGCGGCGGUCAACAAUUCCACUUCAAGUUCGGUUCGGGAGGCGGUGGUUUCCCGGGUGGUUUCCCCUUCGGUUAAGAAUAAGAAGGGGAGACAUAAGAAGAGAGACGAGAGAAGAUAAAGAUGUGAAGAAGGAGACAAAGAUGAAGAAGAUGAAGAAUUCUUGCAUGAACCGUCUAUGGCGGGAGGUUGGGAGUUUGUGGGGUUUGUGGAGUCUUCAAAGAAUAUCGUUACAAGUUUUUGCGUUUGAGAAAGCUGGAAAUUAAGUGAAGCGCAGUUGUUGCUAGGUUUGGGCCUUACUUGCUCGUUUGCCUGGUUUUGACCCUGUGAGUAUAUACAUACCUUACAAUAAAUAUACAUGGGCUUGUACAGUUAGUUGUAUAAGAGAGAUGUGUAUUCACAGUUCCGUGGCCCUGAUAUAGGUUGUUAUGACUUACUUGAUUGCUUUUUGAGCGGAGUUGAAUCUUAUCUUAUUAUUCCUUGUUUCUAACCUAUAUCAUGGCCGGCAUAUUCAAUAACGGACUUGGAAUUUGUGAACUCCGGUGGAAUAAUAAGCACAGUAUGAUAUAAUAUGCGUUAAAGAAAGUAACAUAUAAGUCGGGCUU